CUUCCGUCUCCCACGAAACUGCAACCCACCCGGUCAACCACUUUUACCUCCUCAGUGAUAAUGGCUCCUCGACUCCCCCAGUCUCUCUCUACCUUUCACACUCUCUCACGCACUGGUUCACUGUCCGUCCGCAUCACAGUUGCCCCGUUAAGCACCAGCAGCAGCGACGAUGUGAUUCAAACCCAGCACGUCCCGGCCCCGGGCUCCGGGACCAUUCGCGUCCUCCUCCUCAACCGACCCAACGCCCGGAAUGCCAUCUCUCGCAGCUUGCUAGACGGUCUCGCUCAGCACGUCAAGUCCAUCGCGGCCGAAAACGGCCAAGGGCCGACCCGAGCUCUUGUGCUCGGCAGCAACGCGGAUGCCGCGUUCUGCGCUGGCGCAGACCUUAAGGAACGUGCUGGCAUGACCAAAGAGGAGACCCACCAAUUCCUCACCCACCUCCGCCAAACCUUCACCGCCCUCUCCCAGCUGCCCAUUCCCACCAUCUCCGCUGUCUCCUCGACGGCCCUAGGCGGCGGGCUCGAACUGGCCCUGUGCUCGCAUUUCCGGGUGUUCGGCUCCUCAUGCAUGGUGGGAUUGCCCGAGACGCGCCUGGCCAUCAUCCCCGGCGCGGGCGGUACCUACCGCCUCCCGCAGCUGAUCGGGGUCAACCGCGCCCGCGACAUGAUCCUCACCGGGCGGCGGGUGUCCGGCCCUGAGGCUUACUUUCUGGGGCUGUGCGACCGGCUCGUGGAGAUCCUGCCGGAGGAGGAGACCCAGCCCGGGGUUGCGCGCAAGAAGGUGCUGCAAGAAAGCAUCAACCUUGCGUUGGGGAUCUGUGAGGGCGGGCCGUUGGCGAUUCGUCAGGCGAUGAAGGCGCUGGACGGGUGGGAACAAGGGGAGGUGGCGGAGAAUGAGGCGUAUGAGGGGGUAAUGGGGACGGAGGAUCGAAUGGAGGCUCUACGGGCGUUUGCUGAGCGGAGGAAGCCGGUCUUCAAGGGGAGGUGAGUUUUUUUAUAGGUGGUGUGUACAAGCUGAGGCGCGUUUUGUGUUGUUUAUUUGACUGCGGUGGGUUUGGGCGGGAUACUAUGGUUAUUUACACCGUUUGAGAAUCAUGUGAAGUCAGGGUCAUUUAUCAGACAUAACUAAACUGUUGAUGAGGGAAAUGGCAUUUGACUUUUGGGAUUUUGCUUACUAGAUCGGGAUGAGGUCUGUCUCUUGUUAUGGGCUGGCAACGGUCAGCUGCGGAUCACACGGGGAUGACACCGUCUCGGGGCUGUGAGGGGUAUUCUUCACCAGGAGACCAGAAGUAGAGCUGAUUAUUAGUAGCCCUUACGGGUGAAAUGAGGUUGCAGUCAGAGC